AUGACCCGCCCUCUGUUUGUUUUAUUGUUCCUUUUUUUGCUGGGCUGCAUCAGUGGGUAUGCACAAGGGAGUCGUUUCAAAGAAAGUACAACCAGGACGAUUGGAAAUGACAAGGAACUGUUUCAAGCAAAGAACUCCGCUAAUGAAGUGAAAGUGAAAGUAGAUGUGGGACAUGAAAAACUAUCACCACUAUCAUCUUUUACUGGCUCUAAAGUAACCUCACCCCGCAGUUUUCAAGGUUCUUAUCUUUGGUUGGGGAAUGGGAAACUGGUGGCAAUUGACACUGCUGCUACUGCCAUGUACCAGAAAUCUGCAAACAAGAGUGAAUUCAUCGAUUUUUUGACACAAGAGAGCAGUGACAAUGGAAAAAAAUGGGGGGAAACCCAUAAAAAGAGGUUCGGUAUUUAUUCAUUCCCAUACGCGCAAGAGCUAGAGAAACAUAAAAUGUAUGAUAACCAUCGGAGUGUGUUUGUUCUUGUGGAAAGCAACAACCUUCAAAGCCAAUAUCGUUCCCAAUCACAGGGUACGGAAAUCAAUACUAAAAAUUCUACUCUUCGCACUGUGCGCAUGUAUACUGGUAAUGAUAAAAACGGAAAGUAUUCAUUGAGUUACUUUGCUUCCAAUAUUGCAUUUCCUUUUACGAAAGGAAAGGAAAUGGUUGUGCGAUUCCUUGCUGACGAGAUUACACCAAUUUUGAGAAUGACAAAUUAUGGUUUUGUGUUUCCUGUCCAAUUUAUUACAGCGAAGGACAAAAUCAUUUCGACAGUUAUGGUUGACAAUUUCGAAGAUGAUAAUUGGAACGUUGGUAGUUUAACUGAAGAAGGUACUUAUAAUCCUGCUGUUCUCGAGUGGAAAAAUGGUAAUUUGAUGAAGAUUGCUCAUCAUACCAGCGGCCAUUACAGAGUGUACGAGUCCACCGAUUUGGGAAAGACAUGGACAGAGUCUACCAGUACACUCUCCCGUGUGUGGUCCACCUCCACUGUAGCUACUAACAUACCAAUUACUGAGCGUGGAAGUCAAAACAAUUUUAUUACUGCAACUAUUGAUGGGAAGCGUGUCAUUCUUUUUCUGCAGUCCGUGGGAUCUGAACAUAGGAAGAAACUCUAUCUGUGGGUGACUGAUAACACACGUAUUUAUCACGUUGGCAUGAUAGUUGAGAAUAAAAAAGUGAAGAGAAGCACUUUAUUGUUCAAGGAUAACAAACUCUACUGUCUGUAUGAGACUGUUGAAGGGACAGGUAAGCACAAAGUCUUCUUUCUGGAUCUUACAACUUCAAUGGAGGAGAUUAAGAGGGUGUUAAACAAGUGGACUGAACUAGACCAGACUCUCUCUGAGAGUCGUUGCUGCGCUGAUAACAGUGGUAUUUCAUCUCGUCAGUGUAAGUAUCCUGUUCCCACUAUUGGGUUGGUGGGCUAUUUGUCUGGAAAUAUCGAUGAAGGGAAAUGGAAUGAUGAAUAUCUCGGCGUGAGUGCUUCUGUAAGUGGUACCCCAGAGAAGAAUCCCAACGGACUAACGUUAAAGGGAAUUGGUGCAGGGGCAAAGUGGCCUGUGAACACAGAUGGACUGGCGAAGCAGUAUUACUUUACAAACUACGCCUUUACUCUUGCGGCGACUGUGACUAUCCAUGAGGUACCAAAGAAGGAAAGCAGUCCUUUCUUGGGUGUAAGACUGAAUAAAUCGAAAAAAAGAAUUCUUUUUGGUUUGUCGUUCAAUAAAGACAAUACGUGGAGCACAAUAAACAGGGACGAAGCAAGUGGUCCAACAGGCAAAUGGGAAGUGAACAAGGCAUAUUCAGUGAUAUUGACAUUAAAAGACGGUAAGGCUAUUGUGUAUAUCAACGGUAUUCGUUUAAGUGCACCAUAUUACGCCGAAAUGGAAGGGGAAGAAGAGGUAUCACACUUCUACUUUGGUUCAGAGAAUUGGGGUGGAGACAAUAUUCACGUAACAAUAAAAAAUGUUAUGCUGUACAACCGCGUACUACUUCGCAGGGAAAUUAAUGCACUGGUCAAGAACAAUAUGAGUAUUGUUGUUGCAGAUGGCGAAAAGGAAAUUUCAGAGCAGGCAAGCAUGACAGAUUCUUCCCAGAGCCCUGUUAUCCACAGUCCUUCAAGACCUCAGUCAACCAGUUCCAGAGAGUAUAGGUUCAAUGAAAGACAAGGGAAUUCGCAGACGGCUGACUCACUUCGGAGACAGGGAGGCCGAAGAAGAUCUCCUGAGACACUGGAAACUGAAGAUGCAUCUGAAAAUAAUAUGCAGGAAGACCCUUCUAAGACAAUUCUGCCCAACAUCCAUGAUAAUAAUACCCAUCCCCAAAACACUAUUGAUGGCACUGUUCGUGUGUAUGGAUAUGGAUUGCCAAUACUUCUGCUGGGGUUGUGGGCUCUUGCAACAUCCCUCCUAUAA